AUGAUCUCCGACGACGAUCUGUACCGCCUUGCCAUCUUCCUUGGCUCUUGCGCCAUGAUGAUGAUUGUCCUAUACCACUUCCUCGAUGUCAAUUCCAGUGAGGAGGAGCCAGAGUCUGUCAACUCAAGCCAAACCAAGGCUGGGACUUCUGCGCCGCUGGCGUCCGCGGAGCAGGCAAACUAA